UUUUAAAUCCAUAAGCUUUCGGAAAUAUUUCUGUAACACUAUCGAGAUGUAUAUAAAUAUGGCAAAAUUAGUAAUAUUAGCAAGUGAAUCCAGACUGCCAAUAUGAAGGUUAUCGUGGUUAUCUUUGGACUCCUGGCUUGUGCAUUUGCCGUGCCCGUAGAAGAUGUAGAAACAGUUCUGCAACCCUUGGACAUAUGGCUAGAUGCAAUUCCUGGAAUGGUUCCAGAAAGUAGGCAGCCUUCCAGUAGGGUCAUAAAUGGUCGCGAUGCUCCUCCAGGAUCAUUUAAGUACCAAGCUGGAAUUAUUAUCAAUGGAGCUGGAUUCUGCGGUGGUUCUUUGAUUAGAGCUAACUACAUAUUAACUGCUGCUCACUGUAUAGAUCAGGCUACCGAAACCCAAGUAAUCUUAGGCCACCAUGUCAUCCAAGAAGCACUUAAUACUCACCAGGUAAUCGUAUCGAGAAGACAUUAUGUUCAUCCCGGAUGGAACCCUAACGUACUGCAAAAUGAUAUUGCUCUUAUCAAGCUGCCUAAUAAGGUCGACUUAAACAAUCCCACCAUUGAAAUUAUUCAAUUAGCUUCUAAAAGAUCAUCAGACUUCGCAAAUGCUAAUGCAGUACUUUCUGGUUGGGGUAGAACUAGUGAUGCCAGCAACACCAUUGCUAAUCGUCUUCAAAACGUCAACUUAGAGGUGCUGAGUAACCUUAGAUGUCGUCUGGCCUUUUUGGGUCAAAUAGUUAACGAUGACCACGUAUGUACUUCUGGAUCCGGUCCACAGGGCAAUGUUGGGGCUUGCAAUGGUGAUUCUGGUGGCCCAUUGGUCGUUGACAAUAAACAAAUUGGCGUUGUUUCCUUUGGAAUGGUCAGAUGUGAAGCUGGAUUCCCCACUGUCUUUGCUAGAGUGUCAUCUUAUGAAGAUUUCAUUGAAACUACAAUUGCUCUCACUUCAUAAGCUUUAAGUGCAUAUCUAACUAUUAAAAUUCAUUAAAUUUGCAA